AUGGACUUAUUGUUGACAAUAACAAACGAGCAUGUACCGCAGGUCGCAAUAUCGGAUAAUAAUAAUAAACCUUGGAUUGAUAAAGAGGUCAUUCAGAUGAUGCAUAAAAAAGAUCGAAUGCGUAAAAUAGCGAAGAGAACGGGUGAUCAUACGGACAUUGAGAAUUUUGAAGAAAUUAGAAGAAAUGCUGGAAAGCUUAUUGAAGUAAAAUAUAAGGAUUAUUUGAACGAACUCAAAUCAAAUUUAACUGAACAUCCGAAACGUUUUUGGACAUUUAUUAAAGCAAAAACUAGAGCAUAUAGCACUCCUCAAUUUCUGAAAUACGGAAAUGUAUUCGCCACAGACGGCAAGGAUAAAGCUAAUCUCCUGAACAGUUUUUUUCACUCUGUGUUCAAUUCAGGGGUUUCUCCAGAAUCUAGUGAUGAAUACCGCAGUGAGGAAAAUUGUGAAAUUGUAGACAACAGUCUAAGUCAAAUUGUUUUAAACGAGAGUGAAGUGCUAGAUUGUUUAUUAAACCUAGACCAGACGAAAACGGGUGGACCUGAUGAUAUCUCUGCAAGGCUUCUUAAGACGGUUGCAAACGAAAUAACUCCGUCGCUAACACGCCUUUUUAACCUUUCUCUAAGAUUAGGAGAAGUUCCAUCCAUAUGGAAACAGGCGAACGUCACUCCGGUUCCGAAAGUUGGCGACGUGCAUUGCGUUGAAAACUAUAGGCCGAUUUCUCUGCUAUGCAUAGUCUCGAAAGUGUUGGAAAAAUGCAUCUACAACCGGUGUUAUGACUCUAUUUCCGGAAUUGCACACCAUUUACAACAUGGCUUCUUACGAGGCAGAAAUUGCACAACACAGUUAAUCCAAGUGUAUCACAAGAUUCUUAAAGCACUGGACAAUAAACACUCUGUUGAUGUAAUUUAUCUUGAUUUCCAAAAAGCGUUUGACAAGGUAUCUCACCAUUUAUUGCUCCGUAAAUUAAGCAAACACGGUUUCUAUGGUUCUAUUUUCAACUGGUUUAAAAGUUACUUAUCAGGAAGGAUCCAACGAGUUGCGCUUGACGGUCAUUAUUCUGAAUGGCUCGAUGUGACUUCUGGAGUUCCACAGGGAUCUAUUCUCGGUCCACUGCUCUUUAUAUUGUACAUUAAUGACCUUCCGGAUCAAAUUCAGCAACCAACAGAAAUGGCAUUAUAUGCUGACGACUCAAAAUUAUAUAGAACAAUAAAAUCGGAUGCGGAUACUGAAAAUUUACAGCUAGAUUUAAAUGAAAUGAACUCUUGGACAGAAACGUGGCGUAUGAAAUUUAAUACAAAUAAAUGUAAAGUUAUGAGGUUGUCGCGAAAAAAAAUCCAGUCGCACGUGAGUGAUUACAUAUUGGGACACGAAUCUCUCGAAUUGGUAAAAACCACCAAAGAUCUUGGAAUAACUGUGAGUGACGAUGUUCGUUGGGGGAAGCAUAUUGCAGAGAUUACGGCAAAAGCAAAUCGAACACUCGGGUUGAUCAAAAGAACCUGCAGAGAUUUUGAAGAUCAAACUGUCAGGAAGCUCCUCUACCUUACAUUGGUUCGGCCGCAGCUGGAAUUUUCAUCAGAGUUGUGGUCCCCGUCAGAAGUAAAAUACCAGCUUAUGUUGGAAGCGGUGCAACGACGAGCUACAAAGUUUAUUUUAAAUUACCCUGACACUGGAUAUAAAGAACGUUUGAUAAAACUUAACCUUCUACCACUUGAUGUCAGGAGAAGCAUGAAAGACUUGUUAUUCUUUCAUAAAUGUAGAACAGGUCUAUUGGAUAUACAUUUACCAGAUUAUGUACAAAGUCGACUUGCUCCUAGAUAUAACAUUAGGUCACAUGACGUGAAUAAUUUCACUGAAUUUAAAUGUAGAACUGAAUUUUUUAAAAACUCGUAUUUUCCUCGAGCUGUGACAAUGUGGAACUCGUUAGAUAGUGAUCUCAAAGCAAUUGACAGCUCUAGUAUUUUUAAGUCCAGACUUCUUAAGAAAUUUUAUAUAGAACUUAAUGUUUAUGAACUGCCACAUAAGUAGUUUGCAGAGUGUUCCAUUAGUUGUUAAUAUGUAUAUAUAAAUAUAUAGUAGCAAAUGUUAGGUAUAUAUAAACUCUUUAAUAGGUUUUUAAAUUGGUAGUCAUGUUCAAUUGGGGCAAUGCCCUGUUUGGCCACCAGUUGUUUUUUUAACUAAUUACUACAUUCUUGUAUUUAGCAGUAUAUAUAGUAGUGCUUGGAUGAUGCAAGUGUGUAUGGUUUUUCUUCUAAAGCAACAAAGUUAUUAAAUACAAAUACAAAUACAAAUAUUUUUCGCAACGUUGACCAUUGCCAAGUUUCAUGUAUUAAACUCUGUCGUUGCCGGCUCCACUGUCAUUGACGUGUUUUUAAUUAAUAUAAACUGUCGAACGGCAGGAUAUCAUAUUCAUGACUGACUGGACGGUAUUUCUUCAAUCUCUUGUACCAAAUGUUGCCUCCGCUGUCAUUGACUGUACAUACACGCCGACGUGCCGAGUCCACGUGUUUAUAAUACAAGUCCCGAUUCGGCAAGAUCUCAUGUUCAGGUCUGAAAACGGUGUUUCUUCGACCUUUAUAUAUUUUGCUGUUUCGGCGAGAUCUUUCAGUGUGACAGAUAGCCCUUGGUCCAGGCAUUGUUGAAGAAGAUAGGGUUGAUUCCUGUAGUUGACGGUUCUAUUAAUUAACGCCGUGCGCAAGGUCAUAUUUCGUUGGACAUUCUUUCGUCUUAUAACACCCUUGUGUGAUGAAAAAAACCCUACAUGGCGAGAAAACUUUACAAAUACUAUGUUAGAAACAAUCACCUCGUGUAUGUUAAGGCAGAAACGUACAAUAUACUUACAUAUUGUCAAUAUUUUGUUCCCGCGAAAUAAAACAUGUGAACACUCUCGAUCAUUGCUUGCAAUUGAACACUCGAUCUGCGCGCGCAUAUCUCACAUGACUCCUUAAGUGACGCAGUCCAAUGACGAAAUAAAAUUUCCAUGUUGACAAACACUUCGGAAUAAUUUCGCAAGUAGAAUAGCAAGAAAACUAGACAGCCAAUUCAAGAACCAAGAUAAAAUCAAGAUAUUUUUGAAGCCAAAAUCUGUGCCAAAAUGGCAAACACAAUAUAAACACCUGAAUAACACGAGACAAAACCAUGCCCGUUCGCAGGUUAGAUGGCGGACACGAUGUAACAUAAUCGCUGAUUGGCUUAAAUUAUUUAAGCUCGUCGCUGAAUUGCUAUAUGCUAACAUACGGUUACGGUCACGGUACGGUACGGCACGGUCACGUUUGCGAUAGCAUAUAUAUAUCUGCUUCGCUGAUGCAAAAAGUAAUUAGACGUUAUUUACAUUUUAUUUUUCUAAUUUGGAUAGGCUAGGGGCGUUCUAGAAACCUAAUAGGCUUUUUUUUUCAAUUAAGACCCCUUAUAUUAUUUCAUUCUUUUAUUUAGUCAGUUCGAAUUAUUAUAUUGAACAAGGAUAAAUGGAGAAUAAUACAUGGGUGCGCGGAAAUACCAGAUAUAUUUCGAGUUCAACACGAGAAAUAAAUCUGGUAUUUCCAAGCACCCAUGUAUUUUUCUGUUUAUUAUAUAAAGGACAGUCUUUGAAAAGCGAUAAUUUUUACAGAAAAUUGAUAAUUGAAAAGAAAUAAUUUUCAUAUUUCAGACUAUCAUGAAUAAUCUCACAUGUGAGAUUUAUCACUUUUAUCAGUGCUCGAAAUCUCUAUAAAGCACUAUACUUUAUAUAAUAAAUAUGUAUAUUUACAGUAAAAAGGGACUGAUAAUAUGUUUUAAACUAUUAUGCAUCAAUUAUUGAGCUAAUGGAGUAAUGAGUAAUGGAAAUUAAGAUUUCAGACCAGAUAUAGUUUUAUUUUUUACCAUAAAUUUCAAAAGUUCAAAUAUGGUGAAAAUAUUAAGGCUAAACAUUCCACUUUUGUAGCUUUUCGCCUGUCUCCAAUUAAAUGUUGUAGACAUAGCAUUGCAAUCUAACCAAAUGAAUAACUAACAACUAUAAUUAACAACUUUGAUGCGCUUUACUGACACUUGCACAACCUUGUUUUUUAGCGGAUUUCUCACAUGGUUAAAAAUGGAUUAAGAUCAUGCACAUUGUACUGUAACUUUACCUUUAAUGCCUCCAAAAUCCUGGAAAUGCCAUUUCAGUGUACCAAAAUUAAAAAAAAACAUUCCGGGUAGCAUACCUCCGGACCUUCCAAAUUUGGAGUCCGUCCCCCCCCCCCCCAAUUUUUGGGGUGGAUUGACGCCCUUGGUUCGGGUGUCCCCGUCACCCGUUGCUACUAGUAUUCUAGAUCUAUAUAUAUUGAUGUAUAUGGUUUGUUGUUUGUGAGCUGUUAGUAAUUUAUGAUUGUACGCUUGUAUUUGCUAAACUUAAAAUUUUAAAAACUUUUAGAAAUCUCAUUCAGGUGAGUUUCUCGGUUUGCUGCCUCUUAUGAUGGCGUCGGUCAGGGGCUUUGGGUAUACGGGAUGUUUUUUUUUAAUACAUUACUGAGGCUAAGUCGUGAAGUAAACAAGGCCGUAGCAACUGUGGGUGUACGGAAGCAUGCACCUGUUUCUUGAAUUUAAUCAUGAAAAAGCCGCAAUACAUUUCAAUAAAAUUCAAAGAAAAUCUCAUUCCAUUUCCCGUAUAAUAUUUCUUUUUUUCCAAAAUAUAUAAUGGGAAAGAAUGAAAAACACAUAUAUAUGGUUGUUAAAUUAACUGCUUGGCAUUUCGACCAGACUAGGUCAUUAAAUUAAUCCCAACAUGAUUAGUGGAACCUGGCUUCUCAUCCAUCCAAAGUGAGUCGCCUUAUCCACUAGGACAUUUGCCACCAAUACCUAACGAACGAUUAUUUUCCACUAACGUCAAGAAUUUCUCGUCAAUAUUAUGGGCUUGAAAUAAUCUUAAUCGUAAGUAUAAUGACAAUGUAAGCGACCCCGCUAGGGCUCGAACCUGGAAUCUUCUGAAUCCUAAUCAUACAUCUUAUCAAUUUGGCCACAAGGUCGUUACGCAGUGCUUUAACUGCUUCGGCACCGCCCCACAUUAUUUGUCUUAACUACGAACAGCUACAGUUCCAACAGUUACGAUUUGCUGUCCGCAGUCUUCUGUAAACGUCAAUUGUAAUAAUCUUAAUAAUCUUAAUUUCUCUAACAGCCGACAUUUCCCACCCACUUCCAAAUGGAUUGUAAUUUGUGAAAUUAUUUUGCCUUUGAACGAACUUUAAUAUUACAUACUAUUUUAUAAUUCCUUAAGCCCUGUUUAAAUGGAUCGAACAUUGUUGAAAUAAUGGCCCAAACGGCUUCUUUUUCAAAUAUUUUUGUCAAGACUAGGUUUAGAGUUUGAGUAAAGCUUAUCUAACCAAAAAUAUUUGAAAGAGAAGCAGUCAUAUCUAUUAUAGUAACAUUGUUGGAUGAUGUUGGUCCAACAAUGUUGAAUCCGUUUAAACAGGCCUUUAAUAGUUGAUGAAAUUUCUGGAACCACUGAGUAUUUUUCAUAAACGAUAAAGAUUUUAAAAAUAAACGAUAAAUAAACGAUAAUAAAUAAAUAAAUAAUAAUAAUAAUAACGAUAUAAACGAUAAUUGUUCAUAAACGAUAAAGAUUUUAAAAAUUGUUUACUCACAUUUUCAAAAUGAUUCCUGUUCGGAGUGACAAUUGCUUUGCAUUAUCCUUGUCGGUGCAGAGGUUUCCUGCAUGAUGUCAAGCGAGUUUUAUAGGUAUAACACGUGGAGCCUGAGAGGGCUCUUUACCUGGCUGGCUUUGGUAGGUUUGGCAAAAUUUGGACUAGCAUUUGGUAAAUUUGACGUCAAAUGCAAAUUGAAAGCAACGUUUAACCUGGGCUGUAAGCAUAGUUCAUCAUCAGACACCGCCAUCACCGGACACCGUUACGAUGUCGAGUUUCAUUGAAAAACAACGUGCGUAUCACCUGGAAACAGGUUAGAUUCAACAGGUUAGAUUUGAAUCACGAUGGUUUCAUAUCUCGCGAAGACUACGAGCUCAUGGCCAAGAAAUUGCAAGAGUAUGGUAAAUUGAAUGCAGAGGACGCCGAAUCGACACGCAAUGCAUUCAUGGCUGUUGCUGAUGCACUCGGUCUGAAACCUGGAGUAAAGAUCUCUGUAGAAGAAGCGGCUCAAAAGGCAAACCGAGAAUUAUCUGUAAUAGCACAAGAAAAGAAAAUGGCUCUCCUAAAAGAAACUCGUGACCCGAUUUUUGAUGCCCUGGACCUCGACAAAAACGGCCACAUUUCCCUGGACGAGUUCUAG